AAUCUGGCUCCUUCUUUCUUAGCUGUGCUGACUCUGGAGGGUUACCAGAAGUUAAAAAGCACUACGAAUUUAUUAUAGUCAUUAACGUCACUAGAUUGGGCUCUGAUGCAGGCAGAAAGUAGAUCUGUCUAGUGCAAAGGUGCUUUUCUCAGAGUUUAACUGAAUUUUAAACGACAUACAAUAGCCAACAAAAAUAAUAUGCUGUCGUAAUCUUUUGCUUAUAAUAGCUCCCUGCCAGGCCGGCCCAAUGGCUUGUCCGUUUGUAACUCUGAUUUCCAUCAAAAUGCCGAUGAGCACAGAAUACGUCUCAUCUAGAUGUUUUCAAGUUGCCUGAAACCUCUUUGGUCUAGCAAGGAGCAGCCAACUGAAGUUAUACCCAGCGCCCCUCCUCUUUCUCCCAGUGACAUCCCAGUGCCCUGCUUUCUUUUCCAGCUAACAGGAGGAAUUUGUAGGCAGAUCUCAAAAAACUUGUUGCGAUAUUCACUAUUUUUCUGAGGAAUCAACUGGAACUCCACAAAGAUGAACUGGAAACAAAUCCUUGUUCUUUCUUGCCUUGCAACAUUUGUACUCUUGGUUGUUCUUCAGGAAAGUGACAGUGCUGCUGUGGGCACCGGGAAAGCCGCUGGGGAAAAAGACAAGGAAAGUGUGAAAAAGAAGAUUUUUAUACAAGAAUCAGAUGCCUCUAACUUCUUCAAAAAGCGUGGCAAAAGAGCCACCAAAUCCAGAGCCGAGCUCAAUGCGGAGACCCGGCAAAUGCUGAUCGCUGAUGAGCAAAGAAGGGAGUACUUUGAUGAGCAAAGGAACGAGUUUGAGAAUUUUGUCAAGGAGGAACGUAAAGAGCAGCAGGAGAGAAGCCGGGAACAGAUCGAGCAAUGGCGUCAAUAUCACUACGACGGUCUCUACCCAUCUUACAUGUACAACCGUCACUACAUCUAGAUGUAAGACAAGUGAACUAAAAACGUUACGUAUUUGCUGAUUAAGCCGUUCACAGCACACCAAAAAAGCAACCGCAUUUCCAAGAUCUUGGCCUUGUCAUGAAUCCCACUGAGGAAUCUACUCUACCAAGCCCUCCUUGUAUAUUAUUUGCCCUGACUAUUUGAAUGGGUUGAGCUUCUCUUAGGCCACUGCUUUGCUUUGUAUUUUGAGGCACUUGCAUGUGUGGCAAAAUCUGGAUUUAAAACACAAAAGUGCAGACAAAAUUAGGUGCUUGAGACAUGUAUAAAUCAGGCUACUUUAGGCUGAAUGGAAUUUAUGCCCUGUAAACAGGUAAGAAUGCUUUUUUUAAUCACCGUAUUUUGGGAAUCACUGAAAAGAAAAAUCUGUGUUUGCUGUAAUCCCAGGGGCUUUGUUUUACCUUAAGUUUAUAAAACGGUACUGUAUUAACAUUCUAAUAGGUUUUAAUUAAACAGUAGCAUUAGCUUCUGCAAUCUCUUGCAGUAUUAUUCCUCCUUACUAAUCUUAUAAUCAAUGGAAAUUCUGUAUGUUUGAAAGACCAGCACUUCCUUUUUAUCUAUCAUGAAUCCCUUCAAGAUGCAUAAGCAGCUAAUGAUACAAGUUAUAUGCAGGAAAAAUAAUAAAAAGAAAGUUUGAAACGA